CCUGACUCCUCCAUCAUCCGUCCGGCCCUGCAUCCUUCGACCACCCGUUCUUCAACAACUCUCUGCGCCCGACACAAGCCCAUUCCCGCACCACCUCUCCUAACCCCCUUCCAUACCCUCAUCAUCCCUUUACAGCCCUCGGCGAACACUGCAUGUUAUAUUGUCACGUUCUGCUCGAGGCUUAAUGCAUAUGCCUAGUCUGUUUACGUCGUGACCUUUCACCGCCGCAACCGGAUGCGCCGAACCCUCUACCCCCUCGAAAACCAAGCAUACCGACGGCAUCACCACCGAGCAAUGACUCCUUACUCACGAAGUUACCUCUGAAGGCACUUUUGAGGAGUUGGUCUAUGCUGCUACAGACGCACAGAUCCGUGGGACUCUAGGAUACUCCGUACACUCUGCUACAGUCCCAGAUCUCUGCUCAUUGCCGCCCACGCAGCCUGAUUCCGCAAACAUGACGGACGAACCGCGGUCUCGCCUUACCCCCAUCCAUACACGAAAUCUGAGUACUGUCACCGCCGAUUCGGACAGCUCAGACAGUUCUCCAUGUCCAGGCGAUGAUGAAGACACCGAUUACUUCAUGGCACAUGCCAAUGAUUCGCAGUCCUCCCUCGGCGCCAUCACGACUAUUCGAGAGUGCGACAACGAUGUUGACCUUGAACAGGUCCAUCGCCUCUCCCCCAUAUCCAAAUUGCCUCCCGAAAUCCUCAUCGCUAUCCUGGCAAAACUGACCACAACAUCCGACCUGCGGAAUUGUAUGAUGGUCUCCUAUCACUGGGCCUUGUACACCGUGGGCAUUCUAUGGCAUCGCCCCUUGUGCAACAAGUGGUCAAACCUGCUGAACGUUGUGGCCGCUCUGGGAAAGGGUGACAAGAGUUAUUUUCCAUAUCAUGAGAUGGUCAAGAGAUUGAACCUAUCCGCAAUUGCAGACAAGAUCAACGACGGCACAGUCCAGCCAUUUAUGAACUGCAAGGGUGUCGAGCGCCUAACGCUGACCAACUGCUCGAACCUAACCGAUUUUGGUGUUGCAGGCCUGGUGGAUGGCUGCAGGAAGCUCCAAGCACUUGAUGUUACCGAAUUGGACGCUCUAACAGACCGCACCUUACAUGUUGUGGCCCAGAAUUGCGCAAAAUUGCAGGGCCUCAACAUCACCAAUUGCUCCAACAUCACCGACGAGUCUUUGAUGGAGAUCGCAGAGAACUGCAGGCAACUCAAAAGACUGAAACUUAAUGGCGUGGUGCGAGCAACAGAUCUGUCCAUUACGGCGGUUGCCAGAAAUUGCCGAUCAAUUCUAGAAAUUGACCUCGCUGGCUGUCAUUCCAUCACUUCGGAAUCGGUCACCGCACUCCUCUCCAAUCUGUCUCAUCUGAGAGAGCUGCGCUUGGCUCAUUGCAUCGAUAUCAACGAUUCGGCCUUUACCAAUCUCCCUCCCCGACUCUCCUUUGACGCGUUGCGGAUUUUGGAUCUGACAGCCUGCGAACAAGUCCGAGACGACGCUAUUGCAAGGAUCAUUCCCGCCGCACCUCGUCUGAGGAAUCUGGUGUUGGCCAAGUGCAGACACAUUACAGAUCGCGCCGUUGCCUCCAUCUGCAAGCUGACCAAGAAUCUGCAUUACAUCCAUUUAGGGCAUUGUAUCAAUCUGACGGACAAUGCUGUCAUUCAGCUGGUGAAGGCGUGCAAUCGGAUUCGAUAUAUUGACCUGGCAUGUUGCUCCCGGCUGACGGACGCCAGUGUCCGCCAUUUGGCGCAACUCCCGAAGCUUCGCAGAAUUGGUCUGGUCAAGUGUCAGAACUUGACAGAUCAAAGUAUCAUAGCGCUGGCUAGAGGCCAACUUAUGUUCGGCCCGGGUGGGAAGAUCGGGGUGCCUUCACAAUUCGUAUCGCUUGAAAGAGUCCAUCUCAGCUACUGCGUGAAUUUGACGCUCAAGGGAAUCACGGCACUUCUUCACCAUUGCCCUCGGCUGACUCAUCUGUCGUUGACGGGCGUGCAAGCAUUUCUCCGCGAUGAUUUGACCUGCUUCUGCCGCGAUGCUCCGGCCGAGUUUACACAUCCCCAACGAGACGUAUUUUGCGUCUUUUCGGGAGAUGGUGUCCAACGGCUUCGUGACCACCUCUUGCGUCUUGCUGAGGAUGAGGCGCAGCGAGAAAAUCGUGAUGCAAUUGACGAGAGUCUGCUUGACGAAGCGGACAGCCCGGGCGCCGACACGAUGUCGGAUGAUGGUACUAUUGAUGGCAACGAGCACUUGAUCGAUCCCGUGCUGAACUCCCAUCGACACGGUUUGCAUUUAGCGAAUGCACAUCUGUCACGACCCCGGACACGAAGUUUACACGAUUAUCCCAGCAGCUUUCACGUUGAGAUGCCACUGCUGCCGUUCGAUCAGGUGCAACCAAUGGGCCCAUGGACGCCAGGUGCAUCCUUACCUCCUGAGUCUCGCACAUCCCAAGCUUCGCCACACCUAAAUCUCACCAAUCCUAAUAACCUCUAUCAACCAGAGCCAUACGAGCGCCGAUCGCGGAGCCCUGGCUAUCCCAACGCAUUUGAUGUAUCGGCGGAAUAUGGCGAGCGGGCAAGGAGCACAUCUCGCACACCCUCACGGAGACAUACCUUGGAGUCAACUUCGAGUCUCUACGCUCCUUCUGCUCCAGUGCACGGCUCUAGCGAAGGCAGUUCUCGGCCUCUCGAAAUAGGCCACUAUUCCCAGGAUCCUAGAGCAGGAUACUUUGGGCUGGACGAUCCGAGGAGAUUUCCCGGCUGGUCAAAUCCGCAUUUGUUCUCCUCAGAACCCCCUCGAAGACAUGUUCCAGGAGCAUCAUUCAGAAACCCUGCCGACGUCCGGCAGUCUUUUUUGCGACCUGCGCCAGGUUUCAGCGCCUUUGAUGCCAACCACGAGGCAAUCAUGUCCACCAUUCCAGGUAGUCGGCCGGGUAGUCGGCAUCCAUCACGAUCCAACAGCCCUCACUUAUCUAGGGUGAACAGCCGGUCAAGAUUGAGUAAUCUUCUGGCGCCUCCACGAAGUUACUCGUCAACCCCACUCAGUCAAGGAGAAGGUCCCAGGCGCAGUAGUCGGGAGCGGCGAAGCCGAGAAAGGUCCCUUUUGGAAGAAGAAGCACAACGCGAAGCAAUGCUGCGAGCACUUGCAGAAGCUGACGCUGCCGACCAACUGAGACCAGACCUGCCUCGAAGUGAAUCCGAUCGGCAAAUCGAACUGCCGUUGUUACCACCGGAUUUAAUAGAGCGGGUGACGAGGACACCUUUCGCGCGGCCAGAACCAACACCAGAUAUUCGUUUCGAAGUGGAGGAUGCCGAGACUCCUGCUGAUCCAGACCAGGAUGUUACGAUGACACAAUAAGGACAGAAUACAUUUUCGGAAAUAAGUGAAGCACACGUUUAUUGAGUACAUGCGGAACGCAUCGAAAUGACCUCAGUGAAGACGAUUUUUCUACAGAGGACAGCUGGUCAGGCAUCAUGCUCUGUUACCAACGACGCCCAUUCUAGACUAUUACAAUACAAGAUCAUGCCGUGAUACGGCAACGGACAAAAUCCAUUUCAAGCGAGCAAGCAGAGUGUUCUGGCUUCAGAAGUGCAUGUCUUUUCUCAGCAAUUCAACAAAGAUGAGGCAUCCUAGUUGUUUUGACCGGAGUCGGCCUUGAGACACAUAAAGAAAGCGUUGCAUGAUUACAUCGAGUGUGAGCGCGGAAUGCCUGUAUGGAAGGCUGGAACGGGAAGCUGUGACAACAUUUUUUGUCUACUUUUAGCAUAGCAUUUGUAACUCUGUUCAAUUCAUGCAUGUGGUGCACCACAGAUCACGUUGA